CCCUGCGCCGUCCCAGCCGCGGCCGCCGAGCUUCCCCGCUGCAGCGCGCCAGGCACAUGGAGGCUCCCCGGGAGCCCACGCCCCGGCCCCGAGGCCCAGAGGCCACCCCCGAGCGCCGCGGGCCGCGCUGCCUGCCGCUGCCCGACAUCCUAGAGGAGCUGCGGGCGCUCUUGGUGCUGGCGGGCCCCGCGUUCCUGGCCCAGCUGAUGUUGUUCCUGAUCAGUUUCAUAAGCUCCGUGUUCUGCGGCCACCUGGGCAAGCUGGAACUGGACGCUGUCACCCUUGCUAUCGCUAUUAUUAACAUCACGGGCAUUUCAGUGGGAUUUGGCUUAUCUUCUGCGUGCGACACCCUCAUCUCCCAGACGUACGGGAGCCAGAACCUGAAGCAUGUGGGGGUCAUCCUGCAGAGGGGCACGCUCAUCCUGCUCCUCUGCUGCUUCCCCUGCUGGGCGCUCUUCCUCAACACGCAGCACAUCCUGCUGCUCUUCAGGCAGGACCCCGACGUGUCCAGGCUUACCCAGACCUACGUCACGAUCUUCAUGCCAGCUCUUCCUGCAACCUUUCUUUAUACGUUACAAGUUAAAUAUUUGCUCAACCAGGGAAUCGUACUGCCGCAGAUCGUAACCGGAGUUGCGGCCAACCUCGUCAAUGCCCUCGCCAACUAUGUGUUUCUCUAUCAACUGCACCUUGGGGUGAUAGGUUCUGCACUGGCAAAUACGAUCUCCCAGUUCACCCUGGCUCUAUUGCUCUUCCUCUACAUCCUUGGGAAAAAACUGCAUCAAGCUACGUGGGGAGGGUGGUCCCUUGAGUGCCUGCAGGACUGGGCCUCCUUCCUUCGCCUGGCUGUCCCCAGCAUGCUCAUGCUGUGCAUCGAGUGGUGGGCCUACGAGAUCGGGAGCUUCCUGAGCGGUAUCCUCGGCAUGGUGGAGCUGGGAGCUCAGUCCGUUGUGUACGAACUGGCCGUCAUUGUGUACAUGAUCCCUUCGGGCUUCAGCAUGGCUGCCAGCGUCCGGGUGGGGAAUGCGCUGGGUGCAGGAAACAUCCAUCAGGCGAGGACGUCCACCAUGGUGGCUCUGCUGAUCACAGCGCUGUUUGCUGUCACCUUCUGUGUCCUGCUGUUGGGCUGUAAGGAUCUUGUGGGGUACAUUUUCACUACAGACCGGGACAUCAUUGAUCUGGUGGCUCAGGUGGUUCCUAUUUAUGCCGUGUCCCACCUGUUUGAAGCUCUUGCUUGCACAUGCGGGGGCAUUCUGAGGGGAAGUGGCAAUCAGAAGGUUGGAGCCAUCGUGAAUGCCAUCGGCUACUACACGGUUGGUCUCCCCAUCGGGAUUGCACUGAUGUUUGCGACCGAGCUGGGAGUGAUCGGUCUGUGGUCAGGGAUCAUCAUCUCUGUGGUCUCUCAAGCUGUGUGUUUUCUAGGCUUUAUUGUUCGGCUAAAUUGGGAAAAAGCCUGUCAACAGGCUCAGGUACACGCCAAUUUGAAAGUGAAUGUGGCUCAGAACGGGAGCUCUGCUCUCUCUCCGGAUGCCCUGCACCCAGGCGGCCCGGGAGACCCCAAGGGAAUUUUAAUGGAAGAUGUUGGAAAAAAAGGCCAGACUCAGUUGGAUCAGCAGACUCACCAAGAGGAACCUUUGCCGGUCCCUCCAAAGGACAGCACUAAGUUGUCCUGGAAACAGUUGGUGCUGCGGCGAGGGCUCCUGCUCCUGGGGGUUAUUUUAGUCUUGCUGGUGGGGAUUUUCGUGAGAUUAUAUGUCAGAAUUCAGUGAUGUGGCCAGAGGGAGAGAAAGUCAGGUCAAGUGACACUUUUGAGCUUACAAAUCGGCUCAGCAGUGACAAUUCAUUUUCAGCCCAUGUAAUUCAGCUAUGCCCAUGGACUUCAAGAAUUGGGAAUUCAAAGAUAUAUUUUUCUAAUGAAGAAGAAAAGGAACUAAGGUAAAACUAUAUUGAGGUCAAAGACAAUGUCUGAAGGAUGGCAUUUGGGAGUAAUUCAUCCACCACUGUGUCAAUCAAGGACCACCACAUUACUGACCACACUGACCUAUGGCUUUGGUAUUGCUUUGCUGUUUUUAGACACAAACCCAUAAAUAAGUGCUUAAGAAUUCUUACUGCCUGA